AGGAGGGGAGGGGAUGGAGUGAUAAUUAUUGUUACCUUUACAUUGAAUCACUACGAGGCUCAGCAAGGUAGGGAAAGUGAAGUGGACCAUUGCUGCCUUCUUCUUCAUCUGAAGUGCUGUCAUCGUUGGUUGGCACCUGAGGCCCGGGAACCUGCCCGAGAACUUGUGCGCCAGGCCUGGGAACCUGCGCGUGAGGUCCGGGAACCUGCGCGUGAGGUCCGGGAACCAGCUCAUCAUGUUGUGGUUCUUCUCCUGACAAAAAGGCAGAGUCAGAGCUGGCAUUCGAGGGAGGUGGGGAGGGAGGUGGAGAGGAAAGGUUUUGCGCAGGUAAGGAGGGAGGGUCUGGUGCGGGCAGAGUUGAGGGACGCAGGAAAUGGAACGGCUGUACUGCAGGUGGCAGGGUUUGAGGAGGAGAGGGAAAACACGGUUGAGGCAGAGUAAGAGGGACGACCGGGUACUGCCGGAGCAUUUGUGAGGAGGGGUUAGAGGAGGAGGUAGAACGAAACACGGAUGCUCAUGGGAAGGAGACUGACUCUCAUGGGGAGCUACAAAUGGGGAUUCCGACAUGCUUAUGCCACUGUCACACUGGUCUUCCUCCUCUUCUUCUUCUCCCUCCUCUUCCUCUCCUUCUUCCUCGUCGUCGUCCUCCCUUGCACUGUCGUUCCCUUCGUCGUCUCUUUCAUCUUUACCACCCCCUCCCUUUCUUCCUCCUCCCCCGGCUCCUCCCACUCCAGCUGCUCCCCCU